CUUUAAAAAGGAAUUAAUAGAAUACUGUAUAAGUGAUGUAGACAAUACUAAGACAAGCUUGUUUGAGCUUUUGGAUGUUGAUGAAAAGUUGCACCGGUGAAUACGAAGAACAAUUCAACCCUAAAACAAUGUGUAUGGAACAAAAACUUAUGCGUUAUGUAGAUCCAUUUGAAAAUGUCACUAUUGCUGCAACGUGUGCAAAAAUAUAUAGGACAAAAUUUCUAGAAGAAAAAUGGCGAGUGACAUUGAAGCAUGCAAACCAUAUACUAGAGAAAGAAUUUGAUGCUUUCGUAAAAAAUGACCAGAUGUCGGUAAAAGUCGAUGAUCGUUGGAUUCCAGAAAAGAAACUAUGGUCCGAAAACUACACUAUUGAUGCAAGAAAAUUUGUUUCAACGUCUAUUGCUCAGAUCCCUUCUAAUGGAUAUCAACACGAUCGCUACAGUAAGAAGUCGAUACAUUGGUUAGAGUGGGUUAUGGAGAAGGCAAUUACAGAUGGCAAUCCUAUCAAAAUUCAGCAUGCUCUGAACGCCGGAGAAUUUACCAUUCCAAAUACAAAGUACAAAUUAGACGGAUAUUGUCAUUCCACAAACACAGCCUAUGAAUUUCAUGGUUGUCAGUACCAUGGCUGCUGGAAAUGCAUACCACACCAUAGAGAUGAAAUUCAAGUUCCUACCACAAAACAAACUCCAGAAGAACUAUACGCUCUAACAAAAAAGAAAGAGCGAUACAUUAAAGAAUUAGGCAUGAACUAUGUAUCAAUCUGGGAACACCAAUUCGAUUUACAACUCAAACAAAAUCAAAAGAUGUGUCAAUUUAUUAAUACACUAGACAUAGUUGACAGAUUACAUGCCCGUGACGCUUUAUUUGGCGGUCGUACAGAAGCCACGCGACUUUAUUACAAAGCAAAUACUUACGAAAAAGUUAAAUACGUUGACUUUACGAGUCUUUAUCCUUGGACAAACAAAUAUUGUAAAUACCCAGUAGGUCAUCCUGACAUUAUCACAAGUCAGUUUAAAGAUAUCAGUUGUUAUUUUGGCAUUGCCAAGGUCAAAAUUCUACCACCAAAAGGGUUGUAUCACCCUGUACUACCAUACAGAAGUAAUGGAAAACUUAAAUUCCCCCUCUGUAAAACCUGCGCGGGAAAUGAAAGUCAGACUGAGUGCUUAUGUACUGAUGAAUUACGAGCCAUUGUAGGCACCUAUUGUACCCCGGAGAUAGAAAAGGCUAUAGAACAGGGAUACACACUCCUUAAGAUCUAUGAAGUGUAUCAUUUCCCUAAAACAGAACAAUAUGACCCAACAACCAAAACUGGAGGUAUUUUUACAGAAUAUAUAAACACGUUCCUAAAAUUGAAACAAGAAAGUUCUGGCUGGCCUGACUGGAUAGAAACAGAAGAUGACAAAACUAGAUAUUUGAACAACUACUGGGAAAAUGAAGGGAUACAACUAGACUACAGUAACAUACAAAAAAAAAAAGGCAAACGAGCACUCUUCUGGGGAAAAUUUGGACAAAAACAAAAUAUGAGGCAAACCUGCUAUUUCCACGAGAGCCAAGAGGACAAAUUCUUUCAGUUGAUAUCGGACGUCUCAAAGAACGUGACAAAUUUUCAUGUGAUCUCAAAAGACAUGAUAAUUAUGGAAUGGGAACAUAACAGAAACUAUGUGCCUGACGAUACAAAGGCUAAUGUAUUUAUAGCAGCAUUUAAAACCUGCUGGGAAAGAUUAAAAUUAAUGGUGUGUUAA